GUUUAUUAUGAUUAAAUUCACCCAUUUUAUCUCGCAAUCAUUCAGCCUCUGUACCUCGAUGGCCUCCGUUUCAGCUCGGCACUUUUGCCACCAACAGAUGUACCAUAACAUCAAUUCGAUGGGGACCAUCACGCGUGCGAUGUCAUGUUCUUCUCGAUUGGUUCUUAUUCAAGAUCUGAGAGAAAUAAACCAGAGAAUCAAUCGAGCCAGUGUCUGGAGAUGGUCUCAUGGACGCGUGAUCGCCAAAUGAUCUUCCGCCUCUGACAGAGUACCAGUAGGGUCUCUGAGUGUAGACCACUAUUACCAGACCAGCCUUUCUAUAUCCCAAGGCCAGGGUAAGUAGGCAAGUACUGUAGGCUUCCUUUGUGCGGCAGACCAGAUGACAAGACUCAUCUCGUUUCAGCCCUCCCAAACGACGACCGUCAUGCCAGCGGGAGGGCAAAGUGGCGGUAACGAUGGCACGGCGCGGCUCACCUAUCCGUCAGCACCGAGCAGGAGGGUGGUCAUCAUCUCAUCCGGGGAAGCGAUCAUGCAUUGUCGGCGCAUCUCGUUGCCGUCGGUAGUUGGAGUUAGAUAAUGAGCCGCUGACUCAUAACUGAUC